GUCUGCUCUCCUCUCAGUGUUGCAGGUGCUCUGUCUCAGCGAGAGAGGAUGCGAAAGGAGUGCAGGGGAGGGAUAGAGAGAAGGAAAGCGCCGGUGAAAAAGUCAGCAGUAUGGUGCAGGGCAUGAUUCAAAUGAUAUCAACAGCAGCAGAUAGCGCGUUCAUUGACAUGGGGGCUCCGCAAUGAAAGGUUUAUUGCAAGGGACACUUUGAGAUAUGAUGAGGUUUCUUUCUGGUUGGCAAUAGUACUAUGAUUUGGUAUGUGGCCACUUUGAUAGCAAGUGUAUUCAGCACCCGAGGAACGGCAGCUCAAGGUGCCCACGGCGUGCGAGAGGAGCCCCAGUUUGUGACGGCGCGCGCUGGAGAGAACGUCAUCCUGGGAUGCGACGUGGCCCACCCCCUGAACGGCCAGCCCUAUGUGGUGGAAUGGUUCAAGUUCGGAGUGCCCAUCCCCUUCUUCAUCAACUUCCGCUUCCACCCGCCUCAUGUGGACCCGGAGUACGCCGGCCGAGCCAGUCUGCACGGCAAAUCUUCUCUGCGGAUUGAGAAGGUGCGUUCAGACGACCAGGGCUGGUAUGAGUGUAAGGUCCUGAUGUUGGAGCAGCAGUACAACACUUUUCACAACGGCAGCUGGGUGCACCUCACAGUAAACGCUCCCCCCAAUUUCACAGACACACCGCCACUGUACGUUGAGGCCAAGGAAGGCGGCAGCAUCACCCUGAGCUGCGUUGCUUCUGGCAACCCCAAGCCCUCCAUCAACUGGCUCCGGGAGGGCGAGCCCGUGGAGGACAGCAUCAAGUACAAGGUGUCUGAUGGGAGUUUGACGGUGCUGUUGGUCAGCCGCGAGGACAGAGGGGCGUACACCUGCCGAGCCUACAGCAUCCAGGGGGAGGUUGUCCACACCACACGCCUGCUUGUCCAAGGGCCACCGUUCAUCGUGUCCCCUCCACAGAACCUGACGGUGAACAUAUCCCAGGCCGCCAAGCUGGACUGCCUGGCCGAGGCCUACCCUGGCAACCUCACCUACACCUGGUUCUGGGAGGACGACAACGUCUUCUUCAAGAAUGGCCUGAGGGACAGGGUCAGUAUUCUGGUGGACGGCUCGCUCAUCAUUGGCAGUGUGAAGCCAGAGGAUGCUGGGAGAUUCACCUGCAGCCCCAGCAACAGCCUGGGCCGGCCCCCAUCCGCCUCCGCCCAGCUCACAGUGCAAUACCCUGCCCGUGUCAAAGACAUGCCACCUGCCAUCUACGUGGCCAUCGGCCUGCCCGGCUUCAUCCGCUGCCCGGUGGACGCCAACCCGCCCGCUACGCUGGUCAAGUGGACUAAAGAUGGCAACCCUCUCCGGAUAGAGAAGUACCCUGGUUGGAGCCAAAUGGAGGACGGGAGCAUCCGUGUGACUGAGGUGACAGAUGACUCUCUGGGCACCUACACCUGCAUGCCUUACAACGCCCUGGGCUCUGAGGGUUGGUCCGAUCCCACUCCCCUGGUGCUAAAGGAUCCCCCCAAGUUCUCGAUUGUUCCCGGAGGGGAGUACAGGCAGGAGGCUGGGAGAGAACUGGUCAUCCCCUGUGCAGCUGAGGGAGAAUUUCCCUAUCCCAACAUCACAUGGAGGAAGGUAUGGAAGCCCAGCAAAAGCAAGCACAAUGUCCUCCCCUCAGGCAGCUUACAGUUCAAGUCCCUAAGCAAGGAGGACCACGGGGAGUGGGAGUGUGUGGCCACCAACGUCGCCACGAGCAUCACUGCCAGCACGCACCUCCUAGUUAUUGGCACAAGCCCCCACGCCCCGGCCAACGUCCAUGCGGCGGUCUCCACCACCUGGGCCAACGUGUCAUGGGAGGCUGGCUACGACGGCGGCUUCGAGCAGACAUUAUCAGUCUGGUAUGGCCAUGUGGUGAAGAGGGAGCAGCUGGGCCCACAUGAUUGGCUGUCUAUAGCUGUGCCUUCUGGCCAGACAUGGCUGGUAGUGCCCGGCCUGGAGCCCCAGACGGCCUACCAGUUCAGUGUCCUUGCGCAUAACAAGCUGGGCACGGGCCCCUUCAGCGAAGUCGUCACUGUGAACACACUAGUUUUCCCUAUAAGUACCCCUGAACCACUGGUGCUGCUUACCCCACCACGAUGCCUCAUAGCUAAUCGGACGCAGCAGGGCGUCUUGCUCAUGUGGAUCCCGCCGGCCAACCACACGGCUCCAAUCGAGCGCUACGUCAUGGAGUUCCGCCUGGGGGAAAGGUGGGAUGUCCUGGACGAUGCCAUCCCCGCUGGAGAGACAGAGCUGCUAGCCAGAGACCUCAUUCAGGAGGCGUGGUAUGAGUUCCGGGUCAUAGCAGUCAUGGAGGAACUGGUCAGCGAGCCCAGUAACACAGUAGGAGUGUCCAGUACAGACUUCUUCCCUCCCCCGGAAAUGGUGGAUGAGGGGGGGCUGGCGCGGCCGGUGGUGGCUGGCAUCGUGGCUACCAUCUGUUUCCUGGCAGCUGCUGUCCUCUUUAGCACACUGGCAGCCUGCUUCGUCAACAAGCAGCGCCGACGAAAGCUCAAGAGGAGGAGAGAUCCCCCUCUCUCGAUAACACACUGCAGAAAAAGUGUGGAAACUCCGACUCCUCUUAGCCCAUUGCCCGGCAUAGAGCCCUACUGUGAGGGGCCAGACGCCAGCAGCUACCGGCCCCCGCCCUCCAGCCCUCAGUCCUCCUCUGGUAAGGUGAGUCCGGAGAGUAUGCGUUCCAUGGGACAACCAUCAGAGUGUUCUGAGGACGGGCAUGGCAUGAGCAUGAAGAAGAUCCCCUCGAGUCCUGCGAAGAAGGAAGAACUCUCCCUGUACAAGAAAACCAAGCGAGCAAUAACGAGCAAAAAGUACAGCGUCUCCAAGUAUGAAAUGGAGGCAACCACGCCCAUCGAGCUGAUCAGCCGAGGCCCUGACGGACGCUUCGUCAUGGACCCCAGCGACAUGGAGAUGAUUUCCGUCAAGCCCCGGCGAAUUGAGGGCUUCCCCUUCGUCGAAGAGUCAGACCGCUAUCCUGAAUUCCGCCAGUCGGAUGAGGAGAACGAUGAUCCCGGGCCCAUGCCCCCCGUCAUGGCAACCCUUCGACCUCACCAAAUCUCCCCCAUCUCCAGCCAGGACUCUUACCUGCAGCCACCAGCCUACAGCCCCCGCUUUCAGAGGCCCAUGGAAGGUAUGACCAUCAUGGAGAGCAGUCGGCUCGAGGCCACGGGGCAGAUCCAAGGCUCCCUGCACCACAGAGCCCUCCCCCACAGCCAUGGUCACUUCUACGGGUACCUUGGCAGCCCUGGGGAACCCGACCCUCCACCCCCUUUCUACAUGGUAGACACCAGCCCCCUGAGCUCUGUCAUGUCAUCACCACCUUACCACACCGAAGGGCCCUUUGGUCACCCCCGCAUCCCUGAGGAGAUGGGGGAAGGAGAUAUUCAUCACUAUGACGUCUCAAGCUUCCCCCUUCCCCUGACGCUUACCUCUUCCUCUCGCUCCCCGGAGAUCUGGCACAGACCCGAUUUCCCCUUUGCAAGUCUGGAAAGGCCCCACUUCAUUUUCCCACCCCACCACCCUUUGCAUCUCCACCGGGAACCUUUCUUUCCUCCUCCCCAUGUUCUUCCCCCUGGUGCUCUCCAGCCAUCCUCUCUCCAGGUGCCCUCCUACCCCGGUGUUCUGCAGCUGGAGGCCCCAAAGAGCUGUCCAGGCAAGUCUCCCAGCAAGGUCAAGCCUCAGGGCCUUCCAGUCAAGCGUUUAGCUAUGCAAGAGGCACAGAGUCUAGGGAAGCUAAGACACAAAAGCCACGGUAUGGGUGUGCCGGUUUUGCCUUACCUCGACCCAACAGCCCUCAUGGGCAGCCCUAGCACAUUCAGUAGCCUGGACACCCGGUGGUUCGAGCCCACCCCCCGGCUCAGCCCCAGGCAGGCUCGUAGGAUGGAGCCUAGCAUGAUGGUCAUCCAACCUUCCCGCCUCUCGCCCCUCACCCAGAGUCCACUUAGUUCCCAUGAGGGCUCCCCAGAGAUUCUAGUGCGACCGCGUCCCCGUCCCAGCUUCGUCCAGCCCUCCAUACCUCCAGAGAUGUCCGAGAUCACCCUGCUUCCCCCCUCUUCAGCCAGCUUCUCUAGGAGGUCGUCUCCCUCUUCCUCUCCCGCCCAUGGUCAGGUUAGCAAGAGGGCAAGUCCCAGCUUCCGCUCCCACAUGGCCUUUGCCACCUCCGCCACAAGCUACCCGUCCCAGUCCCCAUCACCUCCCAUGGAAAGCAGCAACAUGUUUGGGCAGAUCCCAAGUGAUCCCAUUGGGCAGAUACCAUCCCAGAGGAGAACUGAGGAGGAGGUCCUUCCGUCCGAGCCCUCUCCACCCCAGUUGUCAGCUUCAGGAAAUCGUCGAGGUGAGCCGAGUGCCCCUGCGGGGUCUGAGAGGUUUGAUGCAUUGAGAUACCAACGUAUUAAAAAGGCCAAGAAGAUGAUGGUGGUCAACAACAACAACUCCAAGUCCAGAAGAAAAACAGGUGUCUCCACCUUUCAGACCCAGCAGGACUACACCUCUCAGGUACUCCAGCCCGAAGAAGCUCUCUACCUCCGCAAGAAGAAGAAACGGCCAGUCAGACAGGACCCGUAUGCCCGCUUCUCCGCUCUGCUGUACCGCCGCCCGCCCCGGGAGGACCGGAAGGCCAUUUUGGCCAGCAUGGAUAACAUGGACCCAGACCAUGCCACUCUCCUCUGACACUGUGGGGGAGUCAGGUUACAUUCUUCCCCCAAAAUGCCACAAAACCCCACCUGGAAAACGAGCUCUCAGUCUAAAGCGUUGCUCAUUCCCCAGCAUCAAUCAAUGGUUUUAAGUUCCUUUUUUAAAAUAAAUUGAAAGUUAAACAGUGGCUAUCCAAUGUUUCCAAAGUUUUACUCCAGUGCAAAACAUUUAAUUUGAGGGAAGCAAUACUGUGUGCUACAACAUAGAUUACUUUGAAACAAAUGUUCUAACCAUUUGGAAAAGGACCCGUCUGAGGUUUUCAUUUUCUAUCUCAUCUUUAUACUUCAGUACAGUCUUAGCCCAUUGUAAAAACGGCCCAUGAAGCCUAGUUAGGUCUCAGUUUACAGCACCUUGCUCACCCGAGUAUCCUCACCUGCCUCACUCUGCUAGCCCUCUAUCACCUCCCAGAGACUCUCCCAUCCACACAGGGUUCUCACUCACAUCCUACAAAAUAUACCUCAGAGCACAGGACAUGGCAACGAGGCUCAGCUAGCUGAACACAACUGUAUUGGCGUGUAUGUUUUUUAUGAUCUAAUAACUUAUUUAAGCAGGGUUUUGUUGAAAUUUGACACAAUUUGAAUAACUCCAAAUGUAAAAAUCAAACUGGUCACAAUAUAUACCUAAAUAUGAUUAGGUCAAUGUAGGUCUACUGUAAGUUGUAGAAUGAUAUCAUGCUGAUCAAAAAUAUAUCCCUAUAGGCUCUGGUCUUUUGACACACCAUAAUUGAAGUGUUCAUAAUGGCUAUUAGGGAAAUGGAGCAUGUUAUGCUUUACAUAUUUGAUAUGUUGUGGACAUACACUAUCCAUCAUCAAGUAUUCUCUUGGAAUCAUUUAGAAGGUGAUUGUACAGUUUAGUUAUUUUGUAUAAACAUUCAUUCAAUUGUAUUCUCCCUUAACCCCAUAAAGGAAUAGUGAGUAAUUCCCCUAAUGGGGAAGAUCUGUCAUAAAGUAAGCACAAAAGCCCAUAGAUCUAUUUCGAAUAGGGCGAGGGGAAGGGAUUAAAUUGGGAUUAUGCUCCAUUUGAACAGAACAGGUACUACACUGUAGGCUACUCUACAUCUCUCAAGGCAUACAACCUCACACACUCUACACAACACAGUUACUAUUCAGGUUGGACUUUGGGUGUAUCAUCGUCUGGGAAAGGAGUUUGCACUGGAGCAAAAUUUUGUCUUUUGCCAUUUUCCUAAAUAAUGUUUGUUUUUCUCUUUAUUUGAUGCCAUCUUCACUUCUACUAUUACACUUACUGUAGCGUUGUGAAUAGUUCCGAGGGCUCCAUAUCCUAUUUAAAAAGUACUAUAGUAAUGCCAAAAAUACUACAACUUCCUUAAUCAAUAAAAACAUCACGUGUACUGUAAUGAGAGGAGGAUAGGAUUUUGUGCCAUAGUAUACUAUAGUAUUUUUUCAUUCAUAUGGGCCUGAUUCGAUGAAUAGGAGGCUUAUGAUGGCCUUUAUAGGGCUUCUUCUGGUUGCCUCCUUCAGUUUUGUUUCUUUUUAGGGGGUCUUUUUUUGUAAUUGGGUUCUCAAUUGUUUAUGAAAGUAACUGCCUUUGAUGGCCAUUUGCUUUAUUUGUAGCCUUGGCAUCUUUUUCUCUUCAUGUGCUUGGAAUUCCACAUGGCUGUGAUGAGGAGAAUGUCUCGACACUUGUCUAUUCUCCUUCGGAAAGAUCAAUGGAGGAGCUUCUUGUGGAAUAACGGCUAUGCAGAGCUGCUAAUGUUUUUAUUUUUAAAAUGUGUUUUUCUGUCAUUGAAGGGUGCUUUUUUAUAGAUUGACAUGUAUUAUCAUGUCGAUAUAGACAUAUCUGAGCUCAUCAAGGCUGAACUGUGAGUGUCAUGGCAAUGGGGGGUGAUCUGGUGAUAGUUAGAAAAGGAGAGGGGUGUUUGGAAUGGUUUCACCCAUACAUGUAGGAACACAGGUGCUGCUGUGCACUUGAGACUAAUUGCUCAUAUGUUUUGGUUCAACUGUUUGGUUCACUGUUGGUUUGACAUUUCUCUGAAUUAUGUAAAGCAGGCACUUUGAUUUGGGUAUAUUAACACAUUUCCCUCAUUGGGUAUCUUAUUGAUACUGUACAAUAACGGCACUUAAAGGUAAACCCCCCCCCCAAAAGAAAACGAUGUUUUGGUAUUUGUUUCAUUACUUCAUUGUUGACAUAGUCAACAUUUUGGGACUUUGUCAACAAUGGACUAAUGAAACAAUAUCAAAAUAUAGUUUUUGUGUGGAGUUUUCCUUUAAGAGUUGCAACUUCAGGUGCUAACAAACUCACCAAAUCUGAAAGUGGUAUUUCUACUUGCAGAGAGAUUAGUAAUUUCAGAGGAAUGACAGCUACCACAAAUAUGAAAUGAUACUGUAAUUGAUCAUACUUGAUGUUUUAAGGUUGGUGCAAUACAACCAUACGCCUUUCAACAUCCAUCUUGGUGCUUCUUAAGCUGGAUGUGUACAUUGAGUCCUAGAGAGUCUGAAUCAUGGAUGGCAAUGCUCAUGUUAUGAUUAUUUUUUGGCGUGUAGAACUUAUAUACUUUUCCUGAAUAUGUAUUUUACAUCAUAAACAGAUGACAUAUUGUGGAUGCCUAGUCAUGUACCUUAAAGAGUUGAAAGAAAGACAAAAAAAAAUUGCUUAAGAAGAACCUCUCAAAGUUAUUCUACUAUGGUUUUAUGGAGCCAGGUUACAGUGUAUUCUGUUAGACUUCAAGUGAGAAACCUCAACUGAGGAACAAGUUAGAACUUGUGUCAAAUGGCCACAAUUUCUUGACUUUUGUUUGACAGUACAUGACUGGAUGAACCCGAGUGUUACAUUUGGCGUAGUCGGCAGGAUCAGGAUAUUCUAUUUAUCAGUAAAUUCCCCACGUUGCACUUGUAAACACAUGACAUUGAGCACGGUUACAUGCACACAAUAAUAUGAUUAUUGUGGAUAGUCAGAAUAAUAUAAUAGUUUGAUUUAAAAAAUUACAUAUUUUCAAGAAGAACGAUUUCCCUAAUAAUCCUGUUUACAUGGACACAUCUGAAAUCAGGCUGCCUGAUGGCACUCUGAUAAAUGCAGAAAAUCGUCAAUCAAAAUAAACGUUCUACCACAGCGACCAUGUUAUUUUUGGGAAGCAUAUUGAUUCUGAGUUCGGACAUAUAAAGUUUCUAUGUGAAAACUACGUCUAAGAUGCAUACAUACAUUUAUUCCAAACUCACUUCACUCGCGCUAAAGAGGGAGGCUCAUUCGGAUGGUGCUAGCGCAUGCGCAGAUCAAAUACACUGCUGGAACGCCGAUUAAGGUGUUUACAUGUCCUAAUGAUUUGAAAGAUUUCCCAGAAAACCAUUGUUUUAAUCGACGUAUGCUUACUUCGACUUUGACCUUAUGCCGAUUAAGAUAAGCAGAAUAAAGGUGUUUACAUGACUAUGGCAUAAUCUGCCUACUGCCAUAAUCAGUUUAAUAUCGAAUUAUUACUGUGCAUGUUAACAUACUCACAGUAUAGGCUGAUACUUUAAAUAAUUAGCAUACUAUUCCCUUCCUAGACUGAUGAUUUUGAAAUAUUCCUUCAUUUGUGCUGAUCCAACAGGAUUUAUCGACACUAUAAGCUUCAAUUCAAUUUUGUUAUACGUUAAAUCAAAAUCAAGGUGCUUUGUUAUGGCAAUAACAUUCAGAAAUAUGUUAUGGUUUCUCAAAUUGUUUACAAAAAAAUAUGUAUCUGCUGAUUAUUUAGGAAUGCAAGUUGUUGGCAUUUAUUUUCAAACCCUCCCUCGGAAGAAUUAUAUAAAUAUGACGAUCGAAAAUGCA